GAGGCCAGGCAGUCUGUGCCGUGUGCUCGUGGGGGUGAGUGAUUGCCGCUCCUCGCCACGUUCCCACUUAUAUUUAGUUCAGUGCUUCUUGGGUCAUGAAGACCACGUGUUGCCUGCACCACCACGCGUGACCACGUCUUGCCUCCACCACCACGUGUGACCAGGUGUUGCCAGCACCACCACGUGUUGCCUGCACCACCACGCGUGACCACGUGUUGCCUGCACCACCACGUGUGACCACGUGUUGCCUGCACCACCACGCGUGACCACGUGUUGCCUGCACCACCACGCGUGACCACGUGUUGCCUCCACCACCACGUGUUGCCUGCACCACCACGUGUUGCCUCCACCACCACGUGUGACCACGUGUUGCCUGCACCACCACGUGUUGCCUGCACCACCACGUGUUGCCUGCACCACCACGUGUUGCCUGCACCACCACGCGUGACCACGUGUUGCCUGCACCACCACGCGUGACCACGUGUUGCCUGCACCACCACGCGUGACCACGUGUUGCCUGCACCACCACGCGUGACCACGUGUUGCCUGCACCACCACGCGUGACCACGUGUUGCCUGCACCACCACGUGUUGUGCCCUUCACCACCACGUGUGACCACGUGUUGUGCCCUGCACCACCACGCGUGACCACGUGUUGUGCCCUGCACCACCACGCGUGACCACGUGCUGUGCCCUUCACCACCACGCGUGAACACGUGUUGUGCCCUUCACCACCACGCGUGAACACGUGUUGUGCCCUUCACCACCACGUGUGACCACGUGUUGUGCCCUGCACCACCAGGCGUGAACACGUGUUGUGCCCUUCACCACCACGUGUGACCACGUGUUGUGCCCUUCACCACCACGCGUGAACACGUGUUGUGCCCUUCACCACCACGUGUGACCACGUGUUGUGCCCUGCACCACCAGGCGUGACCACGUGUUGUGCCCUGCACCACCAGGCGUGACCACGUGCUGUGCCCUUCACCACCAGGCGUGACCACGUGCUGUGCCCUGCACCACCACGUGUGACCACGUGUUGUGCCCUGCACCACCAGGCGUGACCACGUGUUGUGCCCUGCACCACCACGCGUGACCACGUGCUGUGCCCUGCACCACCACGCGUGACCACGUGCUGUGCCCUGCACCACCAGGCGUGACCACGUGUUGUGCCCUGCACCACCAGGCGUGACCACGUGCUGUGCCCUGCACCACCGCGCGUGACCACGUGUUGUGCCCUGCACCACCAGGCGUGAUCACGUGCUGUGCCCUGCACCACCAGGCGUGACCACGUGCUGUGCCCUGCACCACCAGGCGUGACCACGUGCUGUGCCCUGCACCACCAGGCGUGACCACGUGUUGUGCCCUGCACCACCAGGCGUGACCACGUGCUGUGCCCUGCACCACCGCGCGUGACCACGUGUUGUGCCCUGCACCACCAGGCGUGACCACGUGUUGUGCCCUGCACCACCAGGCGUGACCACGUGCUGUGCCCUGCACCACCAGGCGUGACCACGUGCUGUGCCCUGCACCACCAGGCGUGACCACGUGUUGUGCCCUGCACCACCAGGCGUGACCACGUGUUGUGCCCUGCACCACCAGGCGUGACCACGUGUUGUGCCCUUCACCACCAGGCGUGACCACGUGUUGUGCCCUGCACCACCAGGCGUGACCACGUGCUGUGCCCUGCACCACCAGGCGUGACCACGUGCUGUGCCCUGCACCACCAGGCGUGACCACGUGUUGUGCCCUGCACCACCAGGCGUGACCACGUGUUGUGCCCUGCACCACCAGGCGUGACCACGUGUUGUGCCCUGCACCACCAGGCGUGACCACGUGUUGUGCCCUGCACCACCAGGCGUGACCACGUGUUGUGCCCUGCACCACCAGGCGUGACCACGUGUUGUGCCCUGCACCACCAGGCGUGACCACGUGUUGUGCCCUGCACCACCAGGCGGGACCACGUGCUGUGCCCUGCACCACCAGGCGUGACCACGUGCUGUGCCCUGCACCACCAGGCGUGACCACGUGUUGUGCCCUGCACCACCAGGCGUGACCACGUGCUGUGCCCUGCACCACCAGGCGUGACCACGUGUUGUGCCUUGCACCACCAGGCGUGACCACGUGUUGUGCCUUGCACUACCACGCGUGACCACGUGUUGUGCCCUGCACCACCAGGCGUGACCACGUGUUGUGCCCUGCACCACCAGGCGUGACCACGUGUUGUGCCCUGCACCACCAGGCGUGACCACGUGUUGUGCCCUUCACCACCAGGCGUGACCACGUGUUGCCCCCCACACCACUACACCUGGUGACGUCGCUCUACACCUUCGGUAAUGAUGAAUCUCUUCAGGAUGAUGAUGGUUGUGGCAGUGGCAACGGUGGCUUCGGACGCCGCCAUGUGGCCCAGCUGGAGGCAGCAGCCCACUAACACACGUACACCACUUGGAAUGCGGUGGUGGAGACGAGCACCACAGCAACACCAACAAGAGCCUCGCCAGAGUGCCAGGCAGAUGGCAGAGAGGCGACAGCCCCAGUCUCAGAGUCAAGGCACCCUCAACAUGGUCCGUGCUGCCACACUUCUUGGUCUCCCUGAUGACCCCGAGUUUCCCCGUCGCUUGUGCCAAACAACAGACGUGUGCCCAUACUCGUGGCAGUGGAUGGAGGGAAACAUACUGCGAGCUAUUGUCAAGUGGUCCCUCCUCAAAUAGGUACACUUUUUUGUAAGUA